UCUAAAAUUUAACUGAAUUAAAUCUCCUGUCAGUUUUUUGAUCUGCUGCUCUGUAAAGUUUUCUGUGUUUCAGAAACUCUGAGUAACAUCAGAAAUCCUCCCAAAAUCUUCUGUUAAAGGUGGAAUCCUGGAACCUGGAUAAGUAACAGAAAAAACGUUUCAUCUGCGCGAUUUCAGUUGACAUAUGAGCUGAAAAAACGAUCCGACAUCAACAGACCGAACUCAUCACCACAGACCGGCAUCAUCCCUCUUAUGAGAGUUCCUUCAAACUGUCAGAGGAAUAUCAGCUUGUUGACCUUUGACCCUGAUGGAGACCAUGUUCAAUGCAGAUAUGGAUCCAGUCCCGAUAACUAUGAGUGCUACACCUGCACAUGGUCGCCUGUCCUCAGUCUGUCAUCAUCUUGUUCUCUAUCAUUCAGUCCAACCAGCAGCAGCAAUGAAGGUUCAUAUGCAGUUCAGCUGAUGAUGGAGGAUUUUCCCAGACAGACCAUCAAUCUGACUCGAUACGAUGGUUCAACGUCUUCAUGGAGCCCCAGCAGCUUCAUGAGCCAAAUCUCUGUCCAGUUUGUUUUUAAAGUGGAUCCUGCAGCUCCGUCCUGCACAGCAGGUGAAUAUCUGCCCAGGUUUCUGCCUCCAACUCCUGAACAUGGAGCUCAGUUCUUCAUAGACGUUAAUGAGAUGAUAGAAAUCAACAUCAGAGCAGAGGCGACUCAGUCUGAGAUCACUGAGCUGCUGUUCAGCGGACCGGUCAGCAUGACCAAGAAUUCAUCUGGUUCAGGAUAUUUCACCCUGACAUGGACGCCGUCUUUCAGUCAAUAUGAUGACAAUGAAACCCAUCCCAUCUGUUUUACUGUCCAGGCAAAUGCCUCCAGUUCUGUCUACCAGUCUGAGCUUCGAUGUGUCCUUGUGAGGGUUGGAAACAUACCUUCUAUAGCAACUCCAAGUCCUCCUCCCAAAACAUCUCGUCUUACGGUUGUGAAGCUGAAGAUCUCGACUACGCUGCCACUGAAAGACAAGGAUGAAAUCGAGAAGGCGAUUAAAGGUAAACUGGUUGCAGGAAAGCUUCCUGCAGACAUAAAGGUCCGUCUGCUCAGAGUCGGCCCAGCUAAUAAAACGGCCGCCCCCUAGUGGCCAAAUGGGAGAAUGAAUCUAAUCUCUGCAGGAAAUGUGAUUUAAUCUGUUUUUACUUGUAUAUUUUAGUUACUUCAGGGACUUUUGGUUGUUUUCAGUAAAUUUAGUCUGUGUUAAUAGAUUUUCUUUUUAUAAAAUAGGGAAACUUUCACAAAUUGUAUAUUGAUAGAUUAUCAAUAUAAAGUAAACCAAUGUAAAUAAGGUCAAUAUUUAUAUUUACUGAGGGAUUACUACUCUGUGUUCAUGUGUAUCAUUUGUAUCUCUGGGAUUUUUAUUCAGCUUAAUAUUUUAAAUGCACUGUAAAACAUUUGAGCCAUAUUGAGUUGUGUCUACUAUCUUCACUCUUUAAGUCAAAUAAAUUCAGCCAGUUUUAGAUUUUGAACCUAAAUGUGAGUUUGU